AAGAAGAAAAGUACUGAGUCAGAGAGAAAUGGCAGAGCAAGACAAGGUGAUCCUACACGGAAUGUGGGCUAGUCCCUUAACAAAGAGGGUGGAAUUUGCCCUCAAAGUGAAGGGUAUACCCUAUGAAUAUGUGGAAGAAGAUUUGAGUAACAAAAGUCCAUUGCUCCUCAAGUUCAACCCUGUUCAUAAGAAGGUUCCUGUGCUUGUCCACAAUGGGAAAGCCAUUGCUGAGUCUCUUGUGAUCAUUGAAUAUAUUGAUGAAACCUGGAAAACUGGCCCUCAACUUUUACCAGAAGAUCCAUACAAACGAUCCCAAAUUCGUUUCUGGGCUAGCUAUAUGCAGCAGGUGUUUGAGGCCAUGUUAUUAGUGGUCAAAACCGUUGGAGAAGCACAACAGAAAGCCAUCAAAGAAGUGUCUGAGAAGGUAAAAUUACUUGAAACCGGACUCAAGGGUUUAUUCCCGGAUGGCAUUCCUUCAGUAGAUGAGUACAGCAAAAAUGUGACACUGCUAGAUUUGGUCAUUUUCGCACACUUCGGGGGAUAUGAAGCUCAGGAAGAAGUCCUUGGCCUAAAGUUUGUCGACUCCGAGAAGACUCCGCUGGUAGUUUCCUGCAUAACAGCUCUGAUUGAGAUCCCUGCGUUGAAAGAGUCGCGGAUUCCUCAUGAAAAGAUGGUGGCCUUCCUCAAGUUUCUUAGGGAAAAUGCCCUCAAGUCUGCUACAGCUUGACCAAUUUUGAGUCAAUGACCAUGUACUUUUGUGAUGAGUUUACUUCUUCUCAUUGUCAACUUUGUUUUUCUGUUUUAGUGUUUGACA